UUGACGCUCCCAAUAUGGCGUUCCCCACUUAGGCAGUGCUGUGGAUGCUACCCUAGAUGGCCGUGGGCAGCGCUGACUUGGGGCUGUUGUCUGUCUAACCCAGGCUGCAGAAAGCUGCUGUUAAAGCUCGUUUCUGGUCACGGCUCCAGAAACCCACCCUCCUCUGAGGGUCAAGAAUCGCUGCUUCCUUCUAGUUACCGCAAGUUCCUCAUCUGCCCCUAGCUUGUUUUCCGCGCCACUACCGGACACCCUCAAGUCCCUGACACCCCCAGACUCAAACUAUGAGCCUUCGGCAGCUGCUUUUGCGCUUGCCCUGUUAUCUCGGGGCCUCGGGCCCCCGGCGUGGCCCCCUCGACACCAUCUCCUCGGUGGUCUCCUGGCGUGGUCAGUCCUCCAGGUCCCCGGCCCACUGGAACCAAGUGGUGUCAGAGGCGGAGAAGAUCGUGGGCUACCCCACGUCCUUCAUGAGCCUCCGCUGCCUGCUGAGCGACGAGCUCAGCAACAUCGCUAUGCAGGUGCGGAAGCUGGUGGGGACUCAGCACCCUCUGCUUACCACAGCCAGGGGCCUUGUACACGACAGCCAGAAUAACCUCCAGUUGAGGGGCUUGGUGGUGCUACUUAUUUCUAAGGCAGCUGGACCCAGCAGUGUGAAUGCUUCAUGUCAGAGCUAUGACAUGGUCAGCGGUAUCUAUUCAUGUCAAAGAAGUUUGGCAGAGAUCACAGAACUUAUCCACACUGCUCUCCUUGUACAUCGUGGGAUAGUAAAUUUAGAUGAAUUGCAAUCUUCUGAUGGGCCACUGAAAGACAUGCAGUUUGGAAAUAAAAUAGCUAUCCUGAGUGGAGACUUUCUUCUAGCAAAUGCCUGCAAUGGACUAGCUCUGCUACAGAACACCAAGGUUGUGGAACUUUUAGCAAGUGCUCUUAUGGAUUUGGUACAAGGAGUAUACCAUGAAAAUUCUACUUCAGCAAAGGAAAAUCAUAUCACAGAUGAUAUUGGAAUAUUGACUUGGAAGGAGCAGACUUUUCUCUCCCAUGGUGCCUUAUUAGCAAAGAGCUGCCAAGCUGCAAUGGAAUUAGCAAAGCAUGAUGCUGAGGUUCAGGAUAUGGCAUUUCAGUAUGGGAAGCACAUGGCCAUGAGUCAUAAGAUAAAUUCUGAUCUCCAGCCUUUUAUUAAAGAAAAGACCAGUGACUCCUUGACUUUUAAUCUAAACUCAGCUCCUGUAGUCUUACAUCAGGAGUUUCUUGGAAGAGAUUUGUGGAUUAAGCAGAUCAGAGAGGCUCAACGGAAAGGAAGAUUAGACUAUGCUAAGUUGCGAGAAACAAUCAAAGCUGGCAAAGGUGUGACUUCAGCUAUUGACCUGUGUCGUUACCAUGGAAACAAGGCACUGGAGGCCCUGGAGAGCUUUCCUCCCUCGGAGGCCAGAACUGCUUUAGAAAACAUUGUGUUUGCUGUGACCAGAUUUUCGUGACACCAAAUUAAAAAGACUAUUGUUCCUUAGCUGAAAAAACCUGGGGAAUGAGGUGAUGGGGAGAGCUUUCAUGAUGAAAGCUCUAAAUGUGUUAAUGACUUUAACAACAUAUACAUUUUUUUUCUUUUUACCACACUGCUAAAUGAAUACUGCCUUCUUUUUGGAACUGCUACAAACAAAAUUAGAAGAAUAAAGGUCAAGCAGUUUUCAGUUGUCACGCCAGAAGCACACUUGAGGCUUCAGAAGCAGAAAUAAUUAAUGAGAUUCGCGCCUGUGACCUCAGCAAAUGGACAGGAAAUAAGUCUUUAUUGAUUGGACUGAGCCAGGGAUGGCGCCAGGGCGGUGGCCUGUGGUUUUCCUUCUAGAGAGGACAGGGCAAGCUGGAAGCUGCAGGUGUCAAGAGAAACACUAUCAAUGCCAGCCAGGGAGGACUGUCAAAUCAAAAACCAGUGACCAAUUUUUCAUAACGGAGGGUAGCUUAAUGAUGAAGAAAAAAAAAACAUGCUCUGUCUUCUUGCAAUUAUGUCUUUGUAUUUACAGAUGCAGUAUGGAUAUACUUUGUGCUUCUUGGGUUCUGUAAGAUUUGGGGGGGGAAAACUGCUGAAAAAAUAAUGCCAAAUAUUUGAAGUAGGAGAUUAAAAUGUUAUCAAAUGUUAACUUGGUUAUAGUAGGAAUUGCCUGUUUUUCUUUCUGGAAGACCAAAUUUUUUCAAACGCAUUUCAAAGAACCAAACUUUUUUUUUUUUUUUUAAGCUGAACGGGAUGCUUCUUUUUUUCAAGUAAAUGUAUUCAUUUGUAAUACGUUGGUGUAGAGAAUACCUUUAAUUUUUACAAGUGUCAGAUAUAUAAUUGUUGUACUGGGGAAUUCAUUGGUGAUUUUUUUUUUUUUUUAGCCUCAGAGUGUCAAAUUUUGGUCUUGAACCACAGACAUCCAAUUACAGAAAGAAUAUAAGCAAUCUCACAGGCCUGCAAUUGGACACUGUCUCUCUGUGGUUCAUAGGAGAUGAUUUUUGAGGUUUGCAUGCAUGCAAUAUGAGAACACCGUUGACAAGAAGGCUGAGUUUACAUAAAUGAUCUAGAUUGAGACUCAGCUACCUUUCUUCCUUAUGUGGUGUAAUUACAGCCCUAUCUGGAGACAGCGAACACAGCAAACAGAUUUUAUUACCUAGUUCACUCAAACACUAAGUGAAGUCACUUUAGUUAAAUUCCUUCUUCAAAAGUUACAAAACCGUUUUAUCAGGACCCAUCAUGUGGCAUGCAAUGAAAAGAAAAUAUAAGCUACAGAGGUUAAGGUAUUAUAUUUUGAAAUAUUUUUAAGCAUACUUGAAAUGUUGUAAUUGUACAGUUUAUGCUACUACAAUUUGAAGGCCUAUAGAUUUAGCUGAAGAGAACACUCCACUCUUCUGUUUGAAAUGUCUUUUCUCACAGAAAUUGGCUUAAUUAGUAACUAUGGUUAGACGCUUUAGAUCAGACUAGGUUUUAAUCAUUAACUUCCACAAAGGAGGAGUCAUGCUUUGUGUUCUCUGGAUGAGCAGAAAAUUCAGCAAGCUGUAGGUUUUAUUAAGCAGAUGGUUGGGUACUGUGGAACACAAGGCAGGAUUCUAGGGCUCUUCUAGUUCUGGUUUAGCGCCUGGUUCGCUGUGUGACCUUGAACAAGUCACUUCCCUCUGAGCCUCAGUUUCCACAUUUGUAAAAUAAGGUUAAACAAGAGAAUAUAUGAGGUCCUCUCCAGCUUUGUUUUAUUUUCUAAAAGAUUGCCAUUUCUGACUCUCUAGAUAACAAAGAUGCUAUGUGAAAUUCAGGGAAGAGGGAAGGUGAAACCCAAAGAGAAGGAAAGCAUAAAACUUAAUGGCAGACUUCUUGCCAAGCUGCCUCACAGGUGACCUAAAGAAUUCCCAGCUCUCCUUUGUAUGGCUUAUAAUCCUGGACUCUUUGUUUCAACACCCGCCUUUCUGCUUUCUUUGGAACAUUUCCUACCUCCCUUUCAUCUUCCCAGCUGCCUUCCAGGCCUCUGUUCCCUCUCCUGUGCCUGCCGUCAGGCUCCCUGGGAGCAGCAGCCCUGCCCUCACUGUUGAGUGACAGCUCUGCUUUUGUUAAACCUAAUACGCUGGCUAAGUCAGUCUAAAGUAUUAAAUACUGACAGUCUUCUCCGUACCCCCUUCUUCAGGGAUAUUUAUUUAUUAAUUCAUUUUGAGCCCUUAUAAUUUCAGACAAUCUCUAGGGAGAAAUUUGGGGGCAGCAAGACGCACUUAAUUACACUUUUUGGCCUACUGCCUGAGUGCUGCCAGGGAAGGUACUGACAAGGCAGAGUUAGUGACCUUAGAAUGUCUCCUCCUUUACCCCCUCUGCAUCACCCUCCACCCCCAGUUUCUUGCUAGAGUGAAGAAUUCAUUCAUUAACCAUUGUCCCUCUUCCCCCCACCUGGACCUGCAAACCUUACUCACUUCAGGCCCCUGAGCCCACAUGCACUCUCCUUCCUCCCUAUCAGUCUUUUCUUCAAGUAUAGUAAGGGCUCUGCGCGUAUACCAGGCACUCUGCUAAGGGCCUUAACAGUACUGUCUUGUUCGAAUCCCACGACCACUCUCUGGGGGUAAGACUUAAUCCCCCAUUUAUAGAUGCAGGAGCUGGCAGAAAGGACUGCCUCUGACAGACUGGCUUGCCUUCACACGCCAUCUCCCCACUUUAGAGUUUUUCCAGACAGCACCUCUUUCUCUCUUCCUUUGCUUCUCUUUCCAGAUAAGACUCUACUCCUUUCCAAAGAUCUUGAGCCUUCAGCCUCCUGUCUCCCUCAUGUCCCUAUUCUUGAGUCUUGUGUUUCCCCUGCUGGCUAUGAAUGGGCUCAGUUCUCCCCUAAAUGACAUCCCUCACUUCCCCUGUUUAUCCUUCCACCUCUACUUUUUUCUUCCUAGCAUUAGCAGCACACCUUCUUACAGGCUACUAACUCCUAACCCUUGCAAUUGGUCAUUCACUACAUUCACUGCCGGGUCCCCACCAUCUAGACCAGCGCCAGCACUGUAGACACUCAAAGACUACUUGUUCAACAAAUCUGUCGGGUCUCACGGCACUACUUCACUGAGAUGCCUUCUCGUUCACAGAUGGUGGCCUCACUGUGAAGUUUACCAGCCGUCCCCCUGCAUGCAGACUUCCCCACAGCAUUUCACCUUGCUAAUACAGCUUCCGCCCUCACCCCCCCAGCACCUGUGACCCACUUCCCCUCUUCUCUGACUACCCUUCCUUUUGUGUCUCACACGUCUCUCUCUUAGUCCCACCUCUAGAGACAUUCUUUUCUAAAUUUUUAAAUUAUAUUUCCCGAGGAACUACAAAGCCGUUUCCUGUGCCACUAAGUCAUCUUCUUUUAAAUUCCCCAACUUAGAAAAACUGUUUCUAAAAAACAGUAUCAGUUAGAUAUUGAUUAGAUAGUGAGUUAUUUGCCAUUCACUAUUAGUUACUUUGAAAGAAGAUAAGGAUUAUGACCAUCAUUAAACUUUGUUGUGAGUUUUACUUGAUGACAACACUAAAUCCUCUUCAUGUUUUCUUAUAUAAUGUGGUAACCUAGUCACACCUAAAAAUAAAUCAUCAGUGACAUUGUGUGCCUGGUCCAGGUCUCAUUCUCUAAUGUUUGAGACUUUCUCUUACCUAUGCCAAUGUUAUUGCUAUAGCCCAGCAUGCAGGUGAAACCUACAAACUUGGGGUAAAAGACAUAUACAUUAGUGCAAAAUGCUCCAAAAAGAUGUACACGUUUUUUUUAAGACCCAGUACCUACAACACAAUGAACUCAGGUGACCAGAAAGUAAUCUAAAUAAUCCGUGAUUAUCUUUCAAAACCUGACAAGUUGCUGUAACAUAGAUCUCUUUGGGCAAGUGGCUUUGGGGGAAUUGUGUUUAAUCAACAAAAUUGCAGCUAAAGGAAACUUCUUUUUCUUUCUCUCUUUUUUAAGACUUAACUAGGAAUUUCCUGGCGGUCCAGUAGUUAGUACUCGGUGCUUUCACUGCCGUGGCCUGGGUUUAAUCCCUGGUCAGGGAACUAAGAUCCUGUAAGCCACAUGCGCAGCCAAAAAAAAAUAAAAGACUAACUAAACAGCAGGUCCAUCACAGAUAAGGAGAACCUUGCUUUCAGAAAACCCUUUUCACGUUCCUUCCUAGAGUUCUUAGUUUCAGGAAGAUUCUUUCCUGCCCCUUCAUUUGUCUUCCCACUGUGAAAUCCUAUUGUUAAGAUCUCACCUUUCUGACCAAUAGAAGUUCCAGGAUUUAUCUUUAGAAUCUAAUGACUGCCUCUCAAUCUGGAGAAGGCAUGCCACACCUUUGCUAAAACUCAAAAGGGCAGAGAUGGAUUGGGUUGAUUUUUUAAUCUAUUUGUGAGGACACAAUUGUCACUCCAUUAUUAUUAAUAGUUUCCAUUAUUGUUAAUCACCCUUUAGUAAUAAUAAAGCUAUUUGCACUUUCUUUUUAAAACACAAAGCAAUCUAACAAGACUGUCAUUUACCUUUUUCUCCAUUUCCUACCGUCACUCCUAAUCCCUUCUCAGAUUAACUGUUUUAUUCUUUCAGAAGGGAUCCUGCCUUUACAUUAAGGAGAUAACAUACUUUUGAAAAAGAAGGUCACCUGGGGAGAACCCAGAGGGGCCAGAACUGACAGUGGGGUCCACCCCUCCCUUUAGCUUCCCCACCUGCCCUUGGGGCGCUGAAGUGCUAGGUUUUAGGCCUCUACCGGUGGAGGAAUGUUCUUCCUAGAUAUGCAUUUCUUACUCUUCCGUAGAAAGAGAAAGUUUCUCAGGCUUUCCUUCCUUUUCUUUCUUUUUAUAAAUGCUGAUUCCAUCUUCAUGGAAAAGCUCUAUCAGCUUUCUUUCAAUGUGAUCUGCUCACUUCUAAGACUGAUAGUAUACCCAUCACUGUGUAUCCUGAGCAAAUGAGUAGGCUCCCCACUGCCUUGACUGUUGUUGGGAAGAUUUCACUUUCUGAUGCAUUUAAGUAAAUAAACACUUUUAAAGAAAUUUUGGAAAAUAGAAAAAAAUUACUCUCAGUCUCACCAUGCUUACAUUAUCAGUAUCACCAUUUCAUUUGUAUUUAACCCAGCCUUUUCUGCUAUGCCUAUCUUUUUUGCAUGGUUCUAAUUAUAGUAUAAAUUCAACUUUGGGUCCUGCUGUUUUUACAUAAUACAUCAUAAACAUAUUUUCAUGGUGCUGCAGUCUUCAUAACCACUAUUGAUAAGUAGCUUCAAUUCUAAACAAGGUAUAUUGAGUUUCUAUUCCUGAUUGGUUUCUCUGGGAUAAAUGGGUAUAUGGUAAAUACUCAUAAGUCAACAUCCCAACCUGCUACUAAGAAAGUCUUUGUCUUGGAAAAAUAGUGCCCCUGCAGGUUCUCCACAGCAGCAGGUUAAAACUGUGGAAUAAAUUCCCUUAAAAUUCUUUAGCCUGAAUGAUUAAUCUUUUCAGUUGGUCGUUCCCAUUCCUUCGAAACGAUGCUCAAAAUGGAUUCACAUCUCUAUGUAUUUUCCUCUUGCUUCACUGCAAGUUCUCAGCCAGCCACACUUCAGUAGGAUGACUUCUUUCUUCCCACUGAGGUUCACAAUCUCCUAGGACGGGAAAGGCCCUCAGGCAGUUGUUUUAGGUUCUGCUCUUGGCCAAAACCAUGGAGAAACCAUUUUCUAAGAGUUGAGGAGCCGUCUUUCCUUCUUCAAGGACUUGGGAGAAGGAAACUCCUAGGGUUUGUUUGAAGGGAAACAAAAUAACCUUUAUCUGACUCAAAUCUUUCAUGCUAUAACGGUAUGAGUUUAUUGUGUUUUGUUAUUGUCUUCUUUUGUUUGGAUCUUUCUUUUUUUGUAAGCCUUCAAAUGAAGAGAAAACAGCAUCAUCCUCAAAGAAUUAAACUACACUUGCAACCUUUCCUUCCUUAAUUUAAUCAUCAUAACUUUACUAUUCGCAUUACUUCUCACUUGUCACAUUUCAAUGAAGUCUCCCUGCCUGUCCUCCUCCCUUAUAUCAUGAGUCGCACAGUUACUUAAACUUACUUGUGUAUGUGGAAUCUGAUCAGUUAAUUGUGAGCUUCCUAAUUGCUGCCUGUUGAUGCAGUUCUGUACUUCUCUUUCCUUUUAUUCUUCUUUUUUUGAAGAUUUAGAAUUGCUUUAAUUGCAUUUUCAAAAGCAGCUUUAUUGAAGUAUAGUUUACAUAUCAUAAAAUUCAUCUAGUUUAAGUACACAAUUCAGUGCUUUUUAGUAAAUUUACAAAAUUGUGCAAGCAUCACUACAAUUCAGUUUUAAAGAUCCCUUGUGCACAUUUGCAGUCAACCUCUUCUCCCACCCUCAAUCCUAGGCAGCCACUAAUCUACUCUCUGUCUCUAUAGAUUUGCCUUCUCUGGACAUUUUAUAUAAAUGAAGUUUUACAAUACUUAGUCUUUUGCAUCUGGUUUCUGUCACUUAGCAUAAUGUUAUUGAGGUUUAUGUAUGUUGUGGAAUUAAUCAUUAUUUUAUUCCUUUAUAUUGCUAAAUAAUAUUCCGUCGAACAGAUAUAUUCAUUUAUCCCUUUACCAGUUGAUUGUCAUUUGCGUUGUUUCUACUGUUCACCUAUUAUUAAUAAUGCUGUCGUGAAUACUCAUGUACAAGUCAUUAUGUGGACAUAAGUUUUCAUUUCUCCUGAGUAGAUCCUCAGGAGUAAAAUUUAUAAUAAAUUUAUGUUUAACCUGUUAGAAAUUGCCAGACCGUU